AUGUUAGGAUCCGAGUCCUCAUCAGACGUGCGAUCAAAAUUCGAUGCAUCACCCUCACACGAUGCAUCGGAAUCAAACACCAUCAUACGUAGUACUCAUCCAAAUGAAUGUUUUCACAACUACAACAACAACAACACUCUACGAUCACCACCAUUACACCCACUGUUGCACCAUCGUAUCAUGCACCAUCACAGUAAUCACAGCAGCAGCAGCAGACAACUCUCACAUCAACUCUUACAACAACACAAUUAUACUCCACUUUUAUAUACCAAUGAUUUGAGUGGUAAAAUUAGAUUUGCACCAUUAAGAUCCAAUUCUUCUUCAUUAUUACUUGCAUUGGCAAGUUCCUCUUCAAAUUCUCUUCAUCUUCUUCAAUUCCAACCACAAUUGCUAUUCAUGGAUGAUGAUACAAAUAUGGAAAAAACAAACAAUUCAAAGAAACGAGAAUGGAGUGAUUCAUGUCAAUUAAUUUCAUCCUAUUUUGAAUAUCAUACUCAUGACAUUCAAUCCUUGGAAUGGUAUCAUCAUGAUUUUAUCUUUUCAUCUUCUCUCGAUUGUACACUCUGUCAAUAUGAUGUUCCAAGUUCCAAAUUAGUGAAACGAUUAUGUGUAACGAGUCAUUCCAUACUAAAUGGAAUUACUUUGAGUCCACAAGAAUCUCCACCCAUUCUCUAUAUCUGUUGUAAUAAUAGUAUUCUCAUGUGGGAUACAAGAGAAAAGAAACAUUCCAUUCUUGUUAAACCUAAUUCUAAUAAGAAUGUGAAUUCUAAAAGUAGAAUAUCUAAUGAUUAUAUUCAUGUCAAAUUAAAGAAUACAGAUUCGCCACAUCAAUUCAUAGCAAGUAGAGGUGGUGGUGUAUUAGAGUUUAGAGAUUUGAGAUUUCAAGAUUGUAAAUAUUCAUUAUAUCAUGAUCAUGGAUGUGAAUUUACAAGUUUAGAAAUUCAUCCAUAUUAUGAUUAUAUUUUAACGUAUUGUGAAGAUGGAAUUGUUUAUGAAUUAUUUGAAAAUUAUAAUGAAAGAAGGUUUGAUAAGAGUAGUUGUGGUGAUCUUGUUAGUGGUGGUGGUAGUGGUAGUAGUCAUGGUAAUCUUGUUAGUGGUGGUAGUGGUAGUAGUAGUACUAUGAAUGAUGAUGAUGGUAAUGGUAAUGGUAAUGGUAAUAUUGUUGGUAAUGAUCCAACAUGUUCUCCAUUUAAAAAGAGUAUUUACAAUUGGUAUUCUUGUCCUUCCAUGAAAAACAAUAAUCAAAUUGGAUUCAAGAAUGCCUCGUAUUCGAUCCAUGGAAAUUAUAUGAUUUGUGGAAAUGAUGAUGGAUCUAGUUUUAUAUUCGAUACAUCUCUCUCAAAGAAUGAUCAUUUCAAGAAUAGAUUAUUCAUCAUGGAUUCACACCAAUCCUCAUUUCUUCCUCCACUCAUAUAUCCCAUGAAAAUCAUUCCUUCACCACCAUCGAAUAAUCAUCAUUCUACUGUGUUAAAUUCACUCAUUGUACCCAACAUGUAUGAUCAAAGUGAAAUUCAUAAUCUAUUAAUUACCUAUGAAGAACCUUCCAUGUAUUUAUUUGGAAUGUCGAAUCGACGACAAGAAGAAGAAGAACAAUUACAAGAAGAACACUGUGAAAAAUUUGCACCAAGUAUUGAUGAGGCUGAAAUGGUUCAAGAUCAUCCCAUUGAAGAUUGGCAACACAAUUCCAUACAAAGUGAAACCAAAGUGUGUUCAUUCUCUCUUGGAUAUGUCACUCAAAUUGUAUAUGUUUGUUUAACUUGUUAUAGAAAUAGAAAUAGAUAUAAUUAUAGUGAUGAGAUUUAUCAUGGAGUAUGUGAAGAAUGCUCAAAACAUUGUCAUCGAGGACAUGAAUUGUAUAAUAUUGGAGAAAAGAGAAAUUUCAAAUGUGAUUGUGGAAAUUCACAAUGUGGAAAUUCAGAAUGUUUGUGUUCAUCGACGACUGCAAAACCACCAAUGAAUGAACGUAAUCCAUAUAAUCAUAAUUUUAAGAAUGAAUGGUGUUAUUGUGGAAGAGAAGAAGCUAAUCCCAUGUAUCAAUGUUACAAUUGUUAUGAUUGGUUUCAUGGAAGUUGUAUUUUUAAUCGCGACUAUGACAGUGAACAUGUUUUCAUUGAGGAUUAUUCGUAUGUGUGUGAAAAUUGUUGGAAUUUAGCAAUGAAGAGUAGUAGUGUGGAUGGGAAUGAUCUUUCUUUUUGUACCACCACUCCCAUGACCACCACUCCUCACAGUAGUAGUAGCAGCAGUCGUCCUCUUGUCAUUUAUGAUUCGGUCGUGAUUCAAGAAUAUCCAUCCAAUGACACAAUAGUUCGGAGAGGAAAGUUUGUUAAAUUGAGUGCCACGAAUGAUCUGGGAAUCAUGAUUGACCAUUCAACAACAUCAGCAACAACACUUGAAGAAGGUGAAGAUCUCAUGAGUCAUUCCAGUGAUGAUCACGACAAUGAAGAAGAAGGUGAACAUAAUGAAGAAGAAGGUGAACAUAAUGAAGCACAACAAGGAUCAAAUUUAGAUGAUUUUAUUGUUGAGGAUGAUGUGGAUUGA